GAUACUGACUUGUUCCAGGUCACCGUUGGCGCUUGCUGCAGAAAUGCUUUCUGAGCAGACUGUAGCCCUGGGAGCAGGAUGGGAGUCGAUGCACGUACAGCUGGAUGGAGCAGAGCCGCACUCGGAGAGAGGAGCCCGGGAGGAGGGCCUGUGGAGAACGGCGCCAGGGCCACUGGAGCACCUUCACUGGGACCUUCAAGAGGAGCCACCGUCCCUUCAGGACAAGGCUCAGUCUGCUCCCUGGGUUCCUGCAACACCCCAAGAGGGGAGCACCGGAGACUGGGAAAUGGCCGCCGCACUUCUUGGAGCCGGAUCCCAGGGCCUGGUAACCAUCAAGGAUGUGUCAGUGUGCUUCUCUCAGGAGGAGUGGCGGAGCCUGGACCCCUCGCAGACAGAUUUUUACGGAGAAUAUGUCAUGCAGGAAAACUGUGGGAUCGUUGUGUCUCUGAGGUUUCCAAUCCCCAAGCUGGACAUGCUUUCUCAACUAGAGGGGGGAGAAGAACAGUGGGUCCCUGAUCCCCAGGACCCAGAAGGGAGGGACAUCCUGAAGGUCACAUACACAGGAGAUGGAAGUGAACAUGAGGGAGACACCCCUGAACUAGAGGCCGAACCUCCCAGAAUGGUUUCUGGUACGUCUGAGGACACUGCUCCCUGGAACCCAGGGCAGGACCAGAGUUGGGAGGCCACGCCCAGGAGCUCCAGAGGAACGCUCUUAGGCUCCCCCUUUUUUCAGGAAGACAGCUUCUCUCACCUUCUAUCUAGUCCAGAGAUGGGUUCUCUCUUAAAACCCCAUACCUGCCCUCAGUGUGGGAAACAGUUCGUGUGGGGCUCCCACCUCACCAGGCAUCAGCAAACACACACUGGCGAGAGGCCCUAUAGCUGCCUCAAGUGUGAGAAAAGCUUUGGGCGAAGGCAUCACCUCAUCAGGCACCAGAAAACCCAUCUACGUGACAAGCCAAGCAGGUGUUCUGAGUGCGGCAAGAAUUUUCGCUGCAGUGCCCAUCUGGCCAGCCACCAGAGAGUGCACGCGGAAGGCAAGGCCUGCAAGGGCCAAGAGGUUGGAGGGAGCCCUGGGUCUCCAAAGUGGCAGCAAGCCUCACCAGUGCCAAAGUGCCACGUGUGCACAGAAUGCGGGAAGAGCUUUGGCCGAAGGCACCACCUAGUGAGACACUGGCUGACCCAUACAGGAGAGAAGCCUUUCCAUUGCCCCCGCUGUGAGAAGAGCUUUGGCCGCAAACACCACCUGGACAGGCACUUGCUGACCCACCAGGGACAGAGUCCUGGAAGCAGCUGGGACAGAGGGACACCUGCCUUUUGAAAUCUGUUCUCUUCUGUAGCUGUGGUUGAAUCUGUCAGCCGGUGCUACCAGCAGCCACUGCCAGAGCUGCGCCUCUCCCUGUACCCUGAUGGUCAGAACAUCUUUCACUGGUUCUGUGAGACAGUGUAUGAAAACAGAGUUCUUUGGGCGAGACUUUUGGAAACAGUGCAAAGUACAUGUGAGGCUGUUCAGCUUGCCCCUACUCUCCAGGGUACAAUGGGACCAGCAGU